CGGAGGGUUGAUGACGUCAUGAAAGGACAAAUUGAUUUACCGCGAGGUCAUCAAGUCUCUCCGAGCAGCCGGCUGCGGAAAAGCGGAGGCGCCAUCUUGAGACACUGAAACGUAGCUCCGCCACCAUGUACCCGACUUCUCUGACGCAGCUGGCAAGAGCCAACCCGUUCGGCGCCCCUCUGUUCAGCCUCCAGAAAGUGGAAGAACCCCAACAGAGCCUCAAUGGACAACGGCCUCGCAGACUGGCAGCAGCUGCAACAGCAGACGAGGAUGUCAGCUGCGAGUUUGGCUCCUCCAAGUACUAUGCCCUGUGUGGCUUUGGUGGUAUCCUGAGCUGCGGCAUCACACACACCGCAGUGGUGCCCCUCGACCUUGUCAAGUGCCGUAUGCAGGUGAAUCCAGAUAAAUACAAGAGCAUCGGCAAUGGUUUUGCAGUGACUAUCAGGGAGGAUGGUGUGAGAGGUCUAGCAAAGGGCUGGGCCCCUACUUUCAUUGGCUACUCCAUGCAGGGACUGUGCAAGUUUGGCUUCUAUGAGGUCUUCAAGAUUUUCUACAGCGACAUGUUGGGGGAGGAAAAUACCUACCUGUGGAGGACAUCGCUGUACCUGGCUGCUUCAGCUAGUGCAGAGUUCUUCGCUGACAUUGCUCUGGCUCCCAUGGAGGCUGUGAAGGUUCGAAUCCAGACUCAGCCCGGCUACGCCAACACCCUCAGACAGGGCGUCCCCAAGAUGUUUGCAGAGGAAGGACUCUGGGCGUAAGUACACACCUCUUCUUUGGUGAGAACAC